GGGCAGCGGUCCGCACUGCCCACUGACCCCGCGGGCUGAGCUGGGCCGGUGGGGGGGGGGCGGGGGGAGGUGGUUUGAGACAGACACACCGCACACUUCCAACGAUCCUCCGGCGUGAUCCAUUGUAACUUUUGAGAUUUCCAACAGCCAAAUUAUGUUUUGUAAAGGAAAUUCCUUAUAAAGGAAAAUCUUCUGACAUUCAAAAAUGAAGAAAUUUCAUUACAACAUCACACUGUCCCAAAGUGCUUUACUGCUAAAAUUAGAAAUGACAAAAAUUUUUGAACAAUGCUGAAAUUUUGGUUCAAGAAAUUAAAAAUCAUGAAUAUAGUACCUGUAUAAAGCUAUUCAAGAUUAAUGACCUUGCUGAAGUGGAUGCGAUGGUGCAACAUCUCAGCUGGCAUAACUAUUUCAGAUGCGAGAGCUGUGUGGAACUGUUAUUUGUCAGAGGUUCUGGAAACUGUCAGGAGUGUGGCACAGCACUACGAAAAAAUAAUUUCAGAGUGCAACUCUUUGAAGAUCCAACAGUGGAUAAGGAGGUAGAAAUUCGAAAGAAAGUAUUAAAAAUAUAUAACAAAAGAGAAGAAGACUUCCGUACUCUUAAGGAAUACAAUGACUUUCUUGAAGAGAUUGAAGACAUUGUGAAUAAUCUGACCAACAAUAUAGAUGUGGAAAACACCAAAAGAAAAAUGGAGCAAUAUCAGAAGGAUAAUAAGGACAUUAUUUACAAAAACAAGUUAAAACUGAGCCGGGAGCAAGAAGACUUGGAGGAGACUUUAGAACUUGAACGGCAAGAGAGUGAUCGAAGACGAAUGCUUUUGUUGAAGGAAGAGCAAAUGCAGCAGUUAGCAAAAAAGAAGAAUAAACAAGCCCUCAUUGACGAUCUGGAGAGUUCCCAGCUGCCUGCCAGUAUGCUCUUGGCUCAACACAAGGACCGGGCUGUACAACUGGAAACGCAAUUAGAAACACAACGGAAAGUUAAACCUGUUACCUUCUCAACUGGCAUCAAAAUGGGUCAGCAAAUAUCCUUGCAGCCAGUGCCAAAGAUUGAAGAGUCCUUGUAUGUGUACCAACCGUUACAGAUGGAGAUAUAUGGACCUGAAGUUCCAGAAUAUGAGCUGCUUGGAACACUAGGGUACCUAAACCAUGUGCGUACAGCCACACCCCAGGAUCUGGCAGGAGGCUACACCUCUUCGCUUGCGUGUUACCGUGCUCUACAAGAUGCGUUUAAUGGUCUUUUCUGGCAGUCCAGCUAGUCUGAUAGAUGUGGAGCUUCAAAGGUAGUCAUUGGAUUGAUACCAGGAAUUUCAACAGCCAGACUUCCGUUAAAAGCCAACUAACAGCCACACCACAGCUGAAUGGAAAAUUGACAUGCAGCCAAAUAAGUGGAACUUGGACAGCUGUUUGGAGACAGCAGGUGAUAAACUCAAAAAGAUUAGCAUUUUCUAUUUACAAGGAGUGUGUGCGGAGAUCCACUUACAGGAAGGAGAUGCAGGCUAAAUACAGGUGGUUACAGAUGUGUGAGCACCAUUUGACAAAGAGGAUCUAACAUCUGUUAACUAGAAAUUGAGGAACUAUUAGUAUUUCUCAAAAAGCUAUUCUUGGAGCUCAGUAGAUAAAUCUAUAUUGUGUAAAAUAAAAAAAGAAUCUAAGUUUGUCCAGGCAAUUGUGAA